UACAAACUGGCUAGCUAGCUGAUGAUUGACACAGACAGUAGUAAAUCUUUUCAGGACAUCUUCACAUCACUUCACAAGACAUCCUCCUGAAUAUCUUAUUUCUCCCAAGGAGCAUCAUGGCCAAACAGUCUGAUGACCUCUCCUCGAUAAAGGGUCACACCUUCAGCGACCAUACCUUUCAUCAUUAUUCAGAAAUGAAUCAAGACAGGAUCUACAUGGACUACAAUGCCACGACACCGCUGGAACCAGAAGUGAUCCAGGCUAUUUCAGAGGCCCUCCAGGAUGCCUGGGGAAACCCGAGUAGCAAUUAUAUAGCAGGUGCGAAAGCCAAGGCGAUGAUUAAUCAGUCCAGGGAGAAUGUGGCGAGAAUGGUUGGAGGUAAAGCAGAAGACAUCAUUUUCACAUCAGGUGGAACAGAGGCCAAUAACCUGGUGCUCCACACUGCUGUAGAGCACUUCAGGAGAAACUGCAGAGACACAGAGCAAGUUGGCAACCACCAGAAUGGAAGCAACGGCCUUCCUCACAUUAUCACCUCUAAUGUGGAGCAUGACUCGGUAAAACUAGCAGCUGAGCACCUACAGAAAGAUGGCAGGGCAGAUGUGACAUUUGUGCCUGUGUCCAGGGUGACGGCCCGUGUGGAGGUGGACGACAUCAUUGCUGCGGUGCGUCCAAACACUUGUCUCAUCUCUAUCAUGCUGGCCAACAACGAGACAGGAGUCAUCAUGCCAAUCCGAGAGAUCUGCCAGAGAGUAAAAUCUCUGAACAAGCAGCAUGAGCGGCUCAGGAUCCUGCUCCACACUGAUGCCGCUCAGGCUCUGGGGAAAAUCCAAGUAGAUGCCUGUGAGCUGGGAGUGGAUUACCUCACCAUAGUGGGGCACAAGUUCUAUGCCCCUCGGAUUGGUGCUCUGUAUGUGAACUCUCCCAGAACGAUAACACCUUUGUACCCGAUGCUGUUUGGAGGAGGACAGGAGAGAAACUUCAGACCAGGCACAGAAAACACACCAAUGAUUGCGGGUUUGGGAAAGGCUGCAGAACUGGUGACCUCGAAUCUGUCAGAUUAUGAGAGUCACAUGCGAAGUACCAAACUUUAUUUGGAGGAUCGACUGAAGGCCGUCUUUAACGACAAGAUCCACUUCAACAGCCAUUACCCAGGCUCCGAUAUCCUCCCUAACACAUGUAACGUGUCCAUCCUGGGCCCAACGUUACAAGGCUGGAGGGUAUUGUCCAACUGUACGAGGCUGUUGGCCAGCGUCGGUGCCGCCUGCCAUUCAGACAGUGGAAACAGGCCUUCCCAUAUCCUCCUGAGCUGCGGCGUCCCCUCAGAGGUGGCAGCUAAUGCCUUGAGGUUGAGCGUGGGCCGGGGGACGACCAAAGCAGAUGUGGAUGCAGUCGUGGAGGACCUGAGAGAAACUGUGCAACUGCUGGAAGAAACGGCCUGAUGGCAUAAACAGUCAUCCUGGAGGUCAAAUAAGGAUGUUCAGAAUUAAAAAUCCAUCAUCAUGUGUUUAUCGUUACAUUAACUGAUCUUGUAAAAUGGAUGAAAUAUUUAAUAUAAAUAAUAAAAGGGAAGAACUCGAAGUGACCUCAGUGGUGAUGU